AAGCACAACGCAAAUCCCCUAAAGUUCUAUGGCGCGGGUGCAGCUCUUUCUCCUACAAUUCCUGGAAAUAGUGCUAGCAGAGACGUUCUUUCUACUUGGCCGAUCCGCAUCAUCUGCGUUGACAAAUUGUCCCAAUGCUCCGUGGCCGUCUUCCAAACAGUGACAAAUCCACUGACUAGAGUCUCUUGCUCUAUCAUCAUCUUCUGUGUUGCAAAUGGUGGAAUUAGUACUAUGCCAAUUUGCAGCCACACACUCCUUUGAAGUAUUCCAAACAGAGACAAAUCAGUUGACUAGGGACUUCCUGCUCUAUCAUCGUCUUCUAAUUUCUAAAGUAAUUGCAGGUACAGACAACGCAAAUCCUUAAACUGCCAUGGGGCGGAUGCAGCUCUUUCUUCUACAUAUACAGUUCCUGGAAAUAUUACUAGUAGAGACAUUCUUUCUACUUGGCCAAUCCUCAUCUGGAGAACUUGUAGCACAAUUUGAUAUAAUGACGGGGAAUAGCUCACUUAUCAAUAACCAAACAUUGAUCUCGGCGGGGAGCAUGUUCCAACUCGGCUUCUUCAGUCCAGUUAAUAAUUCUGGGACUGCAUACAUAGGAAUUUGGUACUACAAUCACCCACCAAGAGAAAACAAAGUAGUAUGGGUCGCCAAUAGGGACAAGUCUGUCGACGCAUCCAUGGCAUCGUUAAACCUGACUUCCGACGGAAAUCUAAUUUUAUUUGAGGAAGGAACAGAGGUUUGGUCGACGGGAACAUCUGCAGAACUCAAUUCUGCACGCUUGCAGCUUUUAGACUCUGGAAACCUCGCGCUAACUGCAGGCAACUCUAACAGAACUGUAUGGCAGAGCUUCGACCAUGCGUGUGACACUAUUCUCCCUGGCAUGAAGCUAGGAUUCGACUUCCGGACCAACACUCCGUGGCAGUUCGUGUCAUGGAUGAGUGCCACGGACCCUUCCCCGGGCAAGUACAUCGUCAAGAUGGAGACAUAUAAGGUUCCGGACUUUUUGAUACUGAGUGUGAAUGGAUCUGCCAAACUCGGCCGCACUGGGCCAUGGAAUGGGCAAUGGUUAGUCGACCUUCCAAUGCUUAGGAACGUCCUAAACUUGAUAUACGUGUCCAACCAGAAUGAGACCUACUACAUCACUGAAUAUCAGAUUCGAUCUCCAGUGUUAGUGCGGAUGCUACUGGACGCCAACGGAAAGAGAUACCUUUUGAUUUUUGACGGGCGAGAGUGGAAUUCUUUCUUGUCACUUCCCAGAGACGACUGCGACAACUACAAUAGUUGUGGCAACAACAGUGUUUGCACCAAGGGCUACUACUCGAUCUCCUGUCGUUGCUUGGAAGGGUUUGUGGAAAUCGGAAGUGUCGUCGGGUGCAAGAGGAAGGAACCCUUUUGUUGCUCAUCGAUCCAGUUUCGGAAGGAGCCGAGCGUGAAGGUGCCCGACACUGAGAACGCAACCUCAUGAGGCAAGAUUAGUCUGGAAGCGUGCAAUAAAUUGUGCUUGGAUGAUUGCUCCUGCGUCGCUUAUGCGGUGAUCAAUGGGCCUUAUGGCUGCAUAACUUGGCGUGGUGACCUGUUGGAUCUCAGAAGUUUUCCCGAUGGAGGAGACGAUUUGUACAUUUCGGCUUCAAGAAUCAUCAACGUCCAAUCGGAAGGAGCUCAUGUUGGCGAUAGUAGUCAUUCUGGUGUUGCUGGGAAUUUUUUUGCUGUGUUUUGUAGGUGUACUCGUCCGAAGGUUGAGAAACAGAGCAUCAACAUGCAGAUUGCAAUUGCGGUUUCCAAACGUGGAGAAAGGUUCGAUCAGCGCAUUGGAUGUACUUCCUUCAUAUGAUUUGCAUACUAUAAAAAUUGCAACAAAUGAUUUUUCCAAAGAAAACAAACUUGGGGAAGGGGGAUUUGGUGCUGUUUACAAGGGUCAAUUGGAUGAUGGACAGGAGAUCGCUGUCAAAAAAUUAUCAAGAUACUCCGCACAAGGUCCAAACGAGUUCCUGAAUGAACUCUCCGUGAUAGCCAAGUUACAACAUACAAACUUGGUGCGUCUUCUAGGCUACUGCAUUGAAGGAGAUGAGCGAAUUAUGAUACUUGAAUACAUGGAAAAUAAGAGCCUUGAUGCCUUUAUUUAUGAUAAAGCUAAAAGUUCAUUAUUAAAUUGGCAAAGACGUUUCGAUAUUAUAAUUGGAAUCGCUCGAGGACUUCUAUACUUGCAUCAAGACUCUAGAUUAAAAGUCAUUCAUCGUGAUCUUAAGCCAAGUAAUAUUCUCCUUGACAAGGAUAUGAAUCCAAAGAUUUCAGAUUUUGGCAUUGCAAGGAUAUUUAAAGGAGAUAAUGCUCUUGAAGAUGCAACAACGAGACCAGUCGGAACCUUUGGUUACAUGGCACCUGAGUACUUAUCACAUGGAGUUUUUUCAUUCAAGUCAGAUGUGUUUAGCUUCGGUGUCAUAGUACUCGAAAUUAUAAGUGGAAAGAAGAAUAGAAUAUUCAGUCAAACUGACACAAAUUUAAAUUUUUUAGGAUAUGUGAAUAAACUUUGGAAGGAAGGAAGAUCUUUAGAGAUUGUUGAUGAUACAUUAAAUCAAUCAUAUCCAACCGAAGAAGUUCUACGUUGUAUCCAAAUGAGUCUUCUAUGUGUACAAGAUAAUAGUAACAACAGGCCAACAAUGAUAAAAGUGAUGGCGAUGUUAACAAGUGAGGACCAACCCUUUAGUCCGGUUGUGCAAUCUGCUAUAACAUCAACUAGCAGUGAAGGUGGUUCCACUACCAACGAAAUGAGCUUCACACUUGUAGGUCGAUGAAAUAUGUAUUUAGUUCUUAUCUUAUCAAUAUUUGGCAUCAUCCAAGUCCUGGAUCACUAUGUAAAAUUUACUAUAAAGCAAUACUGAAAUGACUAAGUUGCUAUA